AAACCCUUCAGAAGCAGCAGAAAUGUCCUUUAAUUCAGAACACAUUCAAGUCAUGGAAAAUCCUUAUCAUCUACUCUCUGACAAUGGUGGAGCUGUUGGUCAUAUAUUUUCGAGUGAUCUCCAUAACCCUUUUGUUGAACCAGGAUUCAACAUCGCAUCUCCAACAUCUUUCGUCCCCGAGACAUCAGAUUGGAUUCCUUCUCCACUCCCGGAUAUUUUCGAUUUUCCUUCGGGUUCUCCCAAUCAAAUAAUGGAUGAUGGUGUUAUUGAUGAGAUUCACAAACAAAGUGACUUGCCAGUUUGGGAUGACCACUUGAUUACUGGUGAAGACUCGCUCAUGUCUACUGUCUUGGAAGAUCUUCUCCUUGACACUAAUUUCAACUCAGCUUCAAAGGUCCAGGAACUAAGUAUGCAAGCGCAGAUUCAACAACCCCAAGUUGUUAUGCAGCAGCCUUCUCCGUAUGCGGAAAUGCGACCACUUGUUAGGACAGUAUCCUCAAACAGCAACAACAAUAACAAUAGUAAUAAUAAUGCAGCAGCAGCAGCUAAGGGACGUAUGCGUUGGACGCCUGAACUUCAUGAGGUUUUUGUUGACGCUGUUAACCAGCUCGGUGGCAGUAAUAAAGCAACUCCUAAGGGUGUCCUGAAGCAUAUGAAAGUCCAAGGUUUGACUAUAUAUCAUGUCAAAAGUCAUUUGCAGAAAUAUAGGUCAGCUAAAUAUACACCAGAACCAUCAGGAGCAGGUCCGCCAGAGACACAGUUGACACCGCUUGAGCAAAUUACAUCUACGAGACGUGGGAUAGAUGUCACUGAGGCUCUGCGAAUUCAGAUGGAACUUCAGAAGAAAUUGCAUGAGCAGCUUGAGAUUCAAAGAACAAUGCAACUUCGUAUAGAAGAGCAAGGAAAGGCGUUGUUGAUGAUGUUUGAGAAGCAGAAUAUGGGUUUUGGCAAACCGGAACAAGAAGACAGAACAAGUGCGAAAACGCCUGAAAAUGGUUCAGAGGAGUCGGAUUCCCCGCGGCCAAAGCGUCCGAGAAACGAAGAAUGAAGAACCUUUCUCGGGAUGGUAGAUCAUAAAACUGUGGUUUUGGUGGAGUUGUAGAGUUUGACUUAUUAGGAGUAAGAGCUUUCAGUCUUCUUCAGGCCUUCUUCUCUCUUUUUAUUUCUUUCUUAAAACUCUAAUUUUCUGAUUCUCAGCUCACUAGGAAGAAACAAAAAUAAAGAGCAAUUCCAUCU